AUGGCUUUAAAUAAGCCCACCGUCAAUCUUCCCUCCCGUCUCCGCAUGGUCUCGCAGCAGCAAAACCACCCUCACCAGCGGGAGCAGGACCAACUAGGGGUACCACAGUCGGGGCCGGGAAAUAAAAGAAAGAAAGGUUUCUGGCUGAAGUCCCUCGGCUCUCUGCUGGGCCGCAAGGUGGUGGAGCUGCUCUGGCCGUCGCUACGCAACUUUGCUCUCGGGCUGCUCGUCGAUGCUUUGGGCUUCUCCAUCGGACUAGCCACUUCUCUCGUGAUCGGAUGUAGGGCUCUGGACAAGCGACGAUCGUUUGAAGUCAGCACUCCUCAAGCCAUUUGCAAUGAUAAACGAUUUCUGGAGGACCUGAUUCGAUUUGAAGACUUCUCGCUCGGGUCAUUCCCACUAGUAGUGGAGUAUGUCAAGAUGGUUGAAUCUCAUGAGUCUGCAGCCGUGCUUGAUCUCAAGGUGCACCUCGCCACGAACUCCAAUGCAAGGGCGAUUUUGACUUUGCCAGGGAACGUGCUGAGACUUCCAGCAGUCGAAAAAGGCGAUGACUGCUCAUUAACCUUGCACCUCUCUCAACUCGUGGGGAGGGCAGUCUUGCGCGUGUCGUUCGCUCCAUUGGUUCCCAGGUUCCCUUGCUUUGGGAACGUCCACUUCUCUAUCCUCGAAACUCCGGAGCUGGACUUCUGUCUUUCCACCUAUGCGGGGCUUGACCUCAUGUCACUUCCAGGCAUCUCUGGCAUCUUGCACCAGAAGAUUCAGUCUGCUAUUGCAGGUCACAUGCUAUGGCCAAGGCGCUUCACACUCCGCACAAAGGCAGCAGAAGUGACAACAGGUAGAACCAGGCGAGCAGUUGGUACCGUGACAGUGGAGGUAGUGGAGGCCACAGAGCUAACACAAGCAGGACUUCUUCUGGCACAGAAUAUUCUGUAUCCAUCACCAUACGUCAAGGCUUACAUUGAUCCAAGUCGUUCUGUGACCACUGCCACUGCAUCCUACACUUGUGAACCUGUGUGGCGGGAGGUGAUUCGUCUGCCUGUGAUGGAUCAUGAGACGGACGCCCUGACAUUUGAGGUCCACGAUGCCUCAGCACUGCUGGUGGACAGUUUAAUCGGCUCAUGUGUUCUUCACGUCAGCAAUCUGACGCCAGGAAUUCCGCAGCACUUCACGCUUGGGCUUUGGGGCCACCGGGGCCAACCCCGUGGUGAGCUGGAACUCAUUGCAACCUUCAGAGUCCUGCAAAGCGAGACAAUGCCGCGGAAGCUUUUAUCGGAAGAUGCGACUCUUGCAAGACCUGGAAUGCAACCGCGCCUGCAACUUCAUGCUGAUGGGCCUGGCUUGCUGGAAGUGGCUGUGUGGAGAGGUGUGGAUCUAGAUGCAAGCAGUUGGUUGGGGAGGAACCCUGACGAAGCUCAGUUCUUGUGCAAGGUGUUUCUUGCAGGAGAGGAGCGAGUGACAAAGGUUGCUGAAGGCAGGGGGGAUCCACAGUGGGAAGAGUCGUUUGAGUUUCUGCUUGAUCAACCACCAGUUACUGAAAAACUGCUGAUUGAGGUUUGGAGCAGGAGCCCAGAAGCAAUGCUAGUUGGUUCUGCAGAGAAGAUGGUGGGUUCCGUGGAGAUUGCUUUGUGUGACGCAGUGAAGAACAAACGCAUUGUUGAUGUUUUCCAGCUCCAUCACACGAAGCAGGGAUAUUUGAAGUUGGAACUUCAAUGGCGCUUGCUUGCUGAUGCCAGCUGA